AUGGCCCGAAGAUAUGACAGUCGAACCACGAUAUUCUCUCCGGAAGGCCGGCUUUACCAAAUCGAAUAUGCCAUGGAAGCCAUCUCACACGCAGGAACGGUCCUCGGCGUACUCGCAAAGGAUGGCGUUGUCCUGGCCGCUGAGAAGCGUGUGACAGGGAAGCUCCUCGAUCUUUCCAGCGCGAAGGAAGGUAGGGGCUAUGGUGGCAGCUGGAGAGAAGAUGUUCUUGUUAAACUCUUCGGCAGAAAUGUGAUCGGAGGCGUUGCAGGCAUCACAUCCGAUGCGAACUCGCUGGUGAAUUACGCGCGGACGGUGGCCCAGCAACAUCUUUUGCAGUAUAAUGAUGAUAUACCAGUUGAGCUUCUUGCACAACGAUUGUGCGAUAUGAAGCAAGGCUAUACGCAAUUUGGAGGUCUACGCCCUUUCGGUGUCUCCCUGCUAUACGCAGGCUAUGACCCACAUUAUCAUUUCCAACUGUACCAUUCCGACCCAUCUGGCAACUACUCGGGGUGGAAAGCAACAUGCAUCGGGGCGAACAAUGGCACAGCACAGAGCUUACUGAAGCAAGAGUACAAAGACGACUUGGGCGUCGAGGAAGCAAUUGGGCUUGUACUGAGGGUAAUGAGCAAGACGAUGGACAGCACGACCCUCGGGAGCGAAAAGCUCGAAUUUGCAGUCCUUACAUACGACGAGGUAGCGAAAGCACCAAAAGCUAAGAUCUACAAGCCAGCAGAAAUUGACGCCCUCCUUCGGGCGCAAGGGCUUGCAAAGAAGGAUGAAGAUACAGAGAUGAAAUGA